AUGCCCAGGAUUUUGUGCUCAAUAGUUCAGAGGCCCCCAGGCAAACUAUGUACUGUGACAAAAGGUAUGAAGUCUCUCAUUUGUACAGAUUGGAUUUGUCAUAAAUUCACCAAGUCAAGAAUUCCAGAUAAAGUAUUUCAGCCUUCACCUGAAGAUCAUGAAAAAUAUGGUGGGGAUCCACAGCACCCUCAUAAACUGCAUAUUGUUACCAAAAUAAAAAGUGUAAAAAGAUAUCUAUAUUGGGAAAAAGAUGUAAUAAAGAUGCUUGGAUUAGAAAAAGCUCAUACUCCUCAAGUUCACAAGAACAUCCCUUCAGUGAAUGCGAAACUGAAAGUUGUUAAACAUUUGAUAAGAAUCAAGCCCCUGAGGUUGCCACAAGGACUUCCAAAAGAGGAGGACAUGGCUCACACCUGCCUCAAGAGCCCUGGAGAGUUAGUACUGCCGUGGCAUCUAAGCCCCAUGGACCAGGAAGCAAUUAAGUCCUAAUGCCAGAGCUGUUUCAGAUUAAA